AUGUCAGUGAUCAGUGUAGCACUCCUGUUGCUGGGAUUACCAAGUAUUUACACGCAAGAUGAGUCAUUCGCCAGCUCGUUUCUGUCAGGUCUCCUGGACACGCUGGACACACAGGUGGACGCUAAGAACUGUCCGGGCGUGUGCAUGCACGCGUUGGCCUCGCUCAUCUGCUCCAACGUGCUGGAGGAGGUCGAGUGUCCCAACCCUUCCAUGAAGUGCUGCGUCGAUGAGCCUUUAGGCAACGACACGAUGCUGACUACCAGGAAGCCGUUCACGACGCGCUACACGACCACGGAGUCGUACUCCGACGAAGAGGACAGCACGACACGCGUCUCAAACGACAAAUACAAAGACAGUGGUAAUAUAGCGUGUCCGGGAGUGUGCGUGGAGUCCCGUUUAACGCAGUACUGUGAAGCCUACCUCACGUCCGGGGACCUGUGCGUCUCGGGAAGGCUGUGCUGCGUUUCCAAGGACGGAUACGGAGACAAGCGGCCACCGGAUCUCGUCGUACCCAAUGAGAAGAAACACGUUACUAGACGACCGCCAUCUACUGCGUUAACUACUACGCCGCCCCCGAAGCCGAAGCCGGGCAGGAAGUGCCGGGGCGACUGUAUCAGCGGCCUGUUCGCGCUGCUCUGCGACCACGUGGAUGAGGAUGCCACCUGUCCCUCCGAAGGCACGUGCUGCCUCACCGACUCGCACACCACCGAGCCCGCCACUCGAAGGCCACCCACCACACAACGACCUACCACGCCGCCCCCGUUGCCGCGUUGUCCCGGCUACUGCCUCCUCAACAUCAUGGCCGCCUUCUGCGAGCGGCCCGCUGUGCUGCUCUCGCACACCACUUGCAAGCACAGUGGCUCCAUCUGCUGUGAUAAUACCAGGGUUCCUCCGCGUACCACCGCCAGGCCUACCACCACCACCACGACCACCACCACCACGCCAGCGCCGGUCGACCCGCGACCAGACUGCCCUGGCUCUUGUAUAGUAUCACUUCUGUCCUUCACGUGUUUCCGCAACGCCGAGAUGACGGACGUUUUCAAGUGCAAGAAGGCAGGCACCCAGUGCUGCGCGCCCAAGUCGAAGGUUCUGGAGGCGAUCGGCGUGAGUCGCAACGACUCGUACCCGCUGGCGACCACGCACACCUACACGCGCCCACUGCCCAUGGCGCCCACGCAUUCGUACGCGCUCACCACGCCCACGCCACAAUACGAGCCAAACUACGUGACAACGUUGCGAACUCCUGAAAAGUACAACAAAUACGUCUGCGGAGUAAAAGGGACGUCAUCUCGAGCUGGUCGCGUGAUGGGGGGAGAGGAUGGGGAGCGGGGCGAGUGGUGCUGGCAAGUGGCUCUCAUCAACUCGCUCAACCAGUACUUGUGCGGCGCUGCGCUGGUCGGCACACAGUGGGUGCUCACCGCUGCGCAUUGCGUCACUAACAUCGUGCGCUCGGGCGACGCGAUUUACGUGCGCGUGGGCGAUCACGACCUCACGCGCAAGUACGGCUCGCCGGGCGCGCAGACGCUGCGCGUGGCCACCACCUACAUCCACCACAAUCACAACAGCCAGACCCUCGACAACGACAUCGCGCUGCUCAAGCUGCACGGCAAGGCAGAGCUCAAAGAAGGUGUGUGUUUGGUGUGCUUGCCUGCGCGUGGGGUGAGCCACGCAGCCGGCAAGCGGUGCACUGUCACCGGAUACGGUUACAUGGGCGAGACGGGUCCCAUACCACUGCGGGUGCGCGAAGCGGAGCUGCCCAUCGUCAGCGAUGCGGAGUGCAUCCGCAAGGUGAACGCGGUGACGGAGAAGAUCUUCAUCCUACCAGCCAGCUCCUUCUGUGCAGGCGGCGAGGAAGGGAACGACGCUUGUCAGGGUGAUGGCGGCGGCCCGCUGGUGUGCCAAGACGACGGGUUCUACGAACUGGUGGGGCUUGUAUCGUGGGGAUUCGGCUGCGGGCGACGCGACGUACCCGGUGUGUACGUGAAGGUCUCCUCGUUCAUAGGCUGGAUCAACCAGAUCAUAUCCGUCAACAACCUAUAA